AUGGGACUCAAUGACAGCUAUUGUGGUGCUAGAGAUAACAUUUUAAUGAUAUCUCCUCUUCCUACUAUUGCUAAUGCUUAUGCACUCUUGAUGCAAGAGGAAAAACAAAGGGAAAUGCAUUCUACAGCUAAGUAUCCAGGUGAAUCUUCUGCUUUCAUUGUGGCUGAACAAGACAUGAAUGGACAAAGACCAUCUGGAAAUAAUUUCAGAGGACAAAGGUAUGCUGUUGAUAACAAAAAGUUUGACAAUACUUGCAAAUAUUGCAAGAAACCUGGACACAUAGUCGAUAAGUGUUAUAAGUUGAAAGGUUUUCCACCUAAUUUUAAAUUCACCAAGCAAAGAAACUUUCAGAACCCUGUUCAGGGUAACUUUGCCUGUUCCAAUGAAGCAAAUGGUGAGAAAUUUCUUUAUAAUGUGGACAAUGGAGAUAAGGGUAAGCUUCUUACUCAAGACCAACUGAAUCAGAUUGUUCAGAUGUUGCAUCAAGUGAAAAUAGGAGAACAGAGCAGUGAUUCUACUGCCAUAGCAUCUGGAAAUUGUGCUGGGCCCUUCAAUGAAGAGCCCCAUGGUCCUUGGUGAUUCACACAAAGGUCUUUAUGUGCUCCAGUCUAACCUUCCAGUAGAGCCCAAGUCUGUCAAGUCUUGCAAUGUUUCUCUUAGUU